GGACGAUCUUGGCGGGGGUGGAAAGUACUGCAGAAGGAUUUGAGGGCAGAGCACAGUGUUGGUAAAUAAGACUUGAAUUUGUGCUUAAUGUCUGAAAGGCAUUAGGGUUAAGGGUUGUCUGGGUAAUAUGCGUUCUGAUCUCCUUCCCUCAUCUCAGAUUGUGGUGGUGAUAGUGGGAAAAGCGCUUUGUGUAAGGAGAAACGGCAUUCACCAGUUUCAGUAACUUGAUUUACUUCUCCUUCUCAAGUGCCAUGAAGCUAGAAGUGAACCCCCUUCCUCACCCUUACUGGCCUCGAAACUUGGAGCUCCAACAUUACGUCCCAAAUGACUACCCUGUGUGGCAGAUCUUGGCUUUCUUCUUCUCGGUCUCAGGGGUCCCCUUGAUAGUGACUUGGCUAGCAGCAAGAUCACCGAGCAGUACAGCUGCCCCUCUUGGAAUCUGGCGUUCCUUGGCUAUCUGCUGGUUUGCCAUGUGUGGUUUUAUUCAUGGUGUCGUUGAAGGCUGGUUUAGCUUGUUCCACAUGGAAAUCCCAGAGGACCAAUCCUUUCUCUCACAGCUCUGUAAGACAUCAUUGAAUGUGUUGGAGGAGGGGUGUGGAUGCAGAAAACCAGAGUGCUUUCCCCAGUUCUGGAAAAGGAAGGAAUAUGCCAAAGCUGACAGCAGAUAUAUCAUAGCAGACAAUUUCACAGUUUGCAUGGAGACCAUCACAGCCUUUGUCUGGGGGCCCCUCAGCCUCUGGACUGUGUUAGCAUUUCUUUCAAACCAACCCCAUCGGUUUGUGCUGCAGCUGGUUGUGUCACUGGGCCAGCUGUAUGGAGAUGUUCUCUACUUCUACACUGAGUAUCGUGAGGGCUUCAGCCAUGGUGAGAUGUGGCACCCAAUAUACUUCUGGUUUUAUUUUGUUUUCAUGAACGCUUUGUGGAUCAUCAUUCCUUUUAUCCUCAUCAUGGAUGCUUGGAAGCAUCUUAGCACUUGCCAGAGGACAAUAGAUGCUAGCAAGUCCAAGAAGCACUGAUCACAUACACAGUAGGUCACAAUGAACAAUCAUUCCAUUGGAGCAGCACAGGAAUAAUUCAUUAAUUGGUUGGCUACUUUCUGAUCCUGUCUAUGUCUAUUCCCUCCCCUGUCCCACUUUAACUCCACUAGACCAGAGAUGGGGAACCUGUGGCCCUCCAAUGAACUGUUACCAGAUCUAGUCAUCAUGUAUGGGAGUUGUAGUCCGGCAAUACAUUGAGGGGAGCACAGCUUUCCCAUCUCUGCAAACUUUACUUUAGAGCAAUCCUAACUGUUCUUUAAAAAAAAAAGUACACAAAGGAGUUGCGUUCAGCAUGGCUCACACUAUACAAGGUAAACAAAUAGUAAUACAUACAAGUAUCUCAAAAAAGAUAACAUACAAUUCUAAGACACCCAACAUUUCAGUAACAUCUUGGCAGUAAUUCAUAAUUACUACUUUUUGUAACAAACAAAACAAAACCCAAACCAAAAUCUAACUAUACAAAAGCAGCAGCAUCCCAGUAACGCAUGUUUUAAAAACCUAACAAACUCUUCCGGCAACCACAUUCUCCCCACCCGCCAUCACUUGGGAGUAAUAAUACAUACCAUGUCUUCCUUCUUACACCAGGGAUACUCUCAAAGUAUUAUCCAAUUAACCUGCCCCAGGACUAAAUGGCCUUCACCAUCUGUUUUCUGGCAGCUGGAAUAUAUUUCUGUCCUGCAGUUACUUCUAGAAGCAGCUUCCUUUCAAAAACUGGAGCUGAAGGGGAUACGGCAGGUGUAAGUACCCAGGCCUUUGUUGGCAGCCAGAGUACCUUGAGAGGAAGCCACACUGAACGUUUUAGGUUUUACUUCAAAGCAAAUGUGUACAUGGUCAGACUGUCUGUAUAAGCCAGCCUCCCUAAUACAAUUCUGUACUGAAUUGCACAGAGCAGUGCUACAGAGAACUGAAUAUAGGGCGCUCUCCCUGCUAGACCUAGGUUUGUAUCUCUUAGGCUAAGAGAUGGGGCCAUAUGUCUAGCAUUCAUAGUAUAGCUCUGUUUAACAAAGUGCAGUGCUAUGGAAGCUGCACAGGAGCAUUCUGUCUGUCUGUUCAAUCAAUGGGACCUCAAGCUAGGAGAACAGAGGGCAGCACUGUAGUGGUUAUGCUCUAUGGCAGUUGAGACUUGGGCUGGCCAUUUUGAGGCCUUUUUUUAAAUGGCAGGCUAAUGGUCAAUGGUAAGGUCCAAAGGUUGUCUGAUAGCUGAACUAAGCAGCUAUUAUUCAAGAAAGGAAAUGCAUUGAGAUGGGUUAAAGAAGGGGCACAGCAGGAUACUGGGAAUCUGGGUUCUCUUUCCUAAGAAUUGCUGGAGAUGGUAACAGUGCACUGGAGGCAUGUAGCAGGGCAGUGCUUUCACCUUGCUGCUUAGUCUUUAUGAACUUAUUUCUUUUCCUCUCCCAGUUACUUUUUUCCAGCUUCUCUUUGGGAUGCAUAGACAUUUGCUGUGCGUAUAGCCCAAAAUUCACCAUAAAUAAAACAUCUUAAGAUGAGAACUAGAUGGAAACUGCAUCCUGCUUUUGGGAUAAGUAUCUUUUGCAAAGCAUGCUUCAGCUCAUUCUUACCCAUUGUCAAACAAAUGGCUUGAAUACAUCCCAUAUGCUGCUGAACUCACUUGUUUGUAAACUGAGAUGCAAUUGUUUUUUAAAUAAAUGAUAUCCAUCUGCUUGUGUGUGUUGCAACUUUGAUGUAUGUAUAUGGCAGGUGGGGAAAUAUCUUAAGAAGGCUGAGAACAACCUCUGCUCAGUGGUAAUCUUCAUGAAAAACAUGUGCUUCUACUGAAAUGUUUAAAGUUGCCUUAAACUGUUAGUCAAUGCAAUUUUUGAAAAAUGUGACCAAGCUCUUCUUCCAGUUCUGUUAUUUAAAUUCCUGUCCCUGUCAAUGUGAGAUUCAACUAUACUUUUGAAUGUUGUUUAUAAGGGAGUUGCAGAAUUGUGGAACAGCUGCAGAGAAUGUCCCUGUACACAAAAUUAGUGUGUAGAUGGUAUAGUUUAAAAAGGAAGCCCAAGCUGCUCUUAAUAUGUGUGUUUAAAGCCCAUGUGGGCAUUUUAAAAAAAAAUCCUCGAUUGUUUUAAAAUGUAAAAAUAAAACCAUAACGAAUCUUAGUUAUAUAAUUGAAAAUAGAAAAUGACUGAAAAAAUAAUUCAAUGAUUGUGAAAAUUUGACUUUGUUGCAAUAAUCUCUCCUCUUGACCUAAUAAGGCAGCUCAGUCUCAGUUAUAUUUCUCCACUUAAGGGCACAGGACAAGUUAAAGAUUUAAUUGACAUUAUUGUCACAGAUGUUUUGUGAAGUAGUGUAGACAGAGAGGCAGUUAUCUUGAAUAUAUUAGAGCUGAACCCUAUUGCAUGUUCCUGCUGAUUUUGGUACUGAUCCCUUGUAAAAUUCCCUAUUUUCUAUUUUGGGAUACCUUUAAAAGGUUUUGUUAGUGUGCACACACUUUCCUUCCAUCCCCUAACUCCUUAUCCAGAUUGUUAAUGCUGCUGUGAAUAUGUUUUGAGUUGCAGUGAUUCUAUAAUAAAUACAGCCAGAUUUGUUGUGAAAUUAAGCAGUAUUAAACUCUUGAGUUUUUCAAAA